AUGGCGUCGGGGCCGAAGUGGGCGACGGGGCCGCAGGUGGCGACGGGGCCGCAGGUGGCAGGGCCGCAGGUGGUGACGGGGCCACAGCCGGCGACGGGGCCGCAGGUGGCGACGGGGCCGCACGUGGGCAUCGGGGCAGCAGGGCCGCAGGUGGCGGGGCCGCAGGUGGCGACGGGGCCGCAGCGGGCGACGGGGCCGCAGGUGGUGACGGGGCCGCAGGUGGGCGUCGAGGCCGCUGGUGGCAACGGGGCCGCAGCGGGCGAUGGGGCCGCAGGUGGCGACGGGGCCGCAGGUGGGUGUCGGGGCCGUAGGUGGCGGGGCUGCAGGUGGCGACGGGGCCGUAGUGGGCGACGGGGCCGCAGGUGGGCGUCGGGGCCGCAGGUGGCGACGGGGCCGCAGCGGGCGACGGGGCCGCAGGUGGCGACGGGGCCGCAGGUGGGCGUCGGGGCCGCACGUGGCGACGGGGCCGCAGCGGGCGACGGGGCCGCAGGUGGCGACGGGGCCGCAAGUGGGCGACGAGGCCGUAGUGGGGCCGUAGCGGGGCCUAAGCGGGGCCGGAGCGGGGCCGUAGCGGGGCCGUAG